AUGAAAAUCAGAGAUGGUGGGGAAGCUCACACAUACACUAAUCUUGACAUGUUCACACUUGAGGUACAUUACGGGGCCUACUUUGUUGAUGGUUUAUAUAUGGGAGGUGUUGUACAAUGGGUUGAUGGGCAAGAUGCAGAUGAGUCCCCAGUAUUCUCUACAUAUGCUGAAAAUGCUGAACAUAAUGAAGACACUGCUCAUGCAUAUGAUGCUGAUGAAGAAAAUGGGCAAUAUGAGUUUGUGGAUGUUAAGAUAGAAGAAAAAUUUGGUGAGGCAGAGGAAAAAUAUGGUGAAGUUGAGGUAAAAAGUGAUGAAGCUAAGCAAGGUGGGGAGGGUGAGGAAGAAGAUGAUAAUUUCAUAGAUAGUGAGUUUGAGCAAAGUGACGAAGACGACAACAUGAAUUUUUAUAGGUAUGUUGUAACUGAAGAGCAAGAUGAUAGGCAUAAAGAAUCAGGUGAGGGUGACACUGAUGGUUAUAAUACAUUAGACUUAGAGAGUUUGCAUGAAGAUAAUGAAGAUGAAGAUGGCAAGAAGAGAGGUUUGAGGCAGCCAAAAUUUAACCAAUACAAUAAACAACAUAACCUUUUAGAUCCAAAAUUCUACUUGGGUUUGGAGUUUCCUAAUAUGCAGGAAUGUAGAGAGGGCAUAAAGUACCAUGCAUGCAGGUGUGCUAGAAGACUAAGGUUUGUGAAGAAUGAGCCUAAUAGGGUGAGGCUGGUAUGUGAUGGUAAUAAAGAGGGUGAUAAGGCAAAGAGUCAUAUUAAGGUUGAUAAGGCAAAGAGGCAUAGUACGAGUGAUAAGAGUAAGAGGCAUGGUAAGGGUGAAAAGGGUGAAGAUGAAUCUGAAGAUGAACUUGAAGAUUGUCCUUGGUUAUUGUAUGUUGCACAUGUUGGGAAAAGACCCACUAUUAGAGUGAAGACAUACCAUCCAAUUCAUACUUACAGCAUAUCUCAAAGAACUAUGUUUGCCACUUCACAAUGGUUGGCUAAAAAGUUUGAUGAGGAUCUCAGAACCAAUCCUAACAUGUCAGUUGCUGACUUCAUGUCAUUGGUGAGGAAACAUUACAAUAUAGAUGUUACUAGGGACCAAUGCUACAAGGCAAAGAAUUUGGCAAAGGAAAGGAUUCAACGAAGCAUUGAAGAAUAA